GAUCUUCACAUAUUUUUUUUGGGAUUUUUCUUUGCCUACAUGUACGGCGUAUGCAGCACUACUCAGUUCAUCCGUCUUCUCUCGCCUUCUCUCAAAGCCCGCCGCAAGCAAGUAGUCACUACUACUCCCUAUGCAGCAUUACAUGCAUGGCGCUGUGCUGCUCUGCACCUAGACGCAUAUGCAUCACAUCCAUUCAUCCAUGUACAAGUUACCCCAAGUUCCAACCCCAAGCCUUCGUCUUUCUAAGCUCUCUCCCCGAAUAUCCACACAUUCCUGCCUUACCCGGGUCUCUAUAUUACUGUCCAUACAUACCACCUGCAGUUACCACCAUCCAUCCAUCCCUCCGUAUUUUCCCCUCACCCCACUCGCCUCGCAUCUCGCUUCCUCCAAGUUCUUACCCGGCGAUCAUCAUCAUCAUCCAUCCUUUACCCAUCCAUCCCUCCAUCCAUCCGCCACGUCCCCCUUUCCUUCUUCCUACCUAGGUACAUAACAAACCCACCAUUUCCUGAUUCCCUCCUCUCUCUCAACCCUGCACAUUCCCCAAAUCCAAAACAGAAAAAAAAGAAAACAAAAGAAACCAAAUAACAC